UUGCAGGGAGAUGCUCAGCUCAGUUACGAGAUGAUGCAGGAUUGAUGGAGGAGGCGGGUGAAUGCGGGAAGGUAGCGGAGAGAAUGCACAGAGGAGAGAUGCAGAUUAUGGUGGUCUAUAUGACUGGGAUUUUUGGUGGUGUGACAGAACGAUGAUCGUACGGGUAACGGGCCUCUGGAUUAUUGAUAUUGGGACCUCAGCCUUUUUGGACAACCUCUAAUUCAUGCGUUUUAUGAUUUAUUUUAUUAUCAGCCUACUUGCGCAGUUGUUGAUUUCAAUAUACUGAAUUUGAUUGUUUUGUCAACAGCUAUAGGCACAUGGAUAUUUCUGUUGUUUAUCUAAGAUUUUGUAAAUUAUAGUUUUUUUUCUCCCAUACAUUGAGGACAAGGUGUAUGGCCGCCGCAGCAAAGCGCUCGAUACCACACCAUCUAUAAACACGGACAGAUAUUCAAAUCAAGUGGACUCCGCUGUCUUUUAAUAAAGAUGUCAACACUUUUACAUUAUGGCUGCAACUGCCAAUUUUUGUAGCAUCAGCGUUUGAUCUUGGUGCAAUAAACAACAGUUCUGCAGCAUUMCUAAUGAUACCAAACUGAAAGGAGACGGUCGAGUGCGCAAAUUAAGGGUCCUAAAAUAUAUAGCCUAAAAUAACAUUUCAAAAUGGAGGCACUCUGUCCUCGAUGGAUGGUAUUUUUAUGGACGAUUGUCUGCCUAUUUGUGGGUGUCAGCUUCGGCACCAACGAGGCUGAAAUUGAACCAAACACAUCAGGCCCACUGGCUAUUCACUUCCCACUGCGACAGGGCCCUCUCUCCGAGCCCCAACCCCCGCAUUUGGCCCGGCGCCGCUCGUCGAGGGCAGCGCGGAGGCGCAGAGGGGUCGGUGGCAUCAAUUUCGUGGACAUGAUCGACAACCUUCGUGGAAAAUCCGGACAGGGCUACUACGUGGAGAUGGCAGUGGGUUCACCGCCACAGAAGGUGACACACUCUCUCCCCUUCUCUCAAUUCAAUUCAAAUGGCUGUAUUGGGGAAACAUAUGUUUACAUUGCCCGGCCCUGGGUGUCAGGCUUUUCGCUCCGUGCCAACAUCGCUGCCAUUACCCAGUCGGACCGCUUCUUCAUCAACGGAUCCAACUGGGAGGGCAUCCUGGGCCUGGCCUACGCCGAGAUCGCCAGACCUGAUGAGACACUGGAGCCUUUCUUUGACUCGCUGGUGCGGCAGACCCCCGUGCCCAACCUGUUCUCCCUGCAGAUGUGUGGCGCAGGGUUCACCCAGAACUACAGCCUGGGCAGUGCCACCGUGGGUGGCAGCAUGAUCAUUGGUGGAGUGGAUUCUUCUCUCUAUGUUGGGGACCUGUGGUACACCCCGAUCCGCCGGGAGUGGUAUUAUGAGGUCAUCAUUGUGCGCAUUGAGGUCAAUGGUCAGGAUCUCAAUAUGGACUGCAAGGAGUACAACUAUGAUAAGAGCAUUGUGGACAGUGGCACCACUAACCUCCGGCUCCCUCGCAAAGUGUUCAAGGCAGCCGUGAAGGCCAUCGAGGCAGCCUCGUCUACGGAGCAGUUUCCCUCUGGGUUCUGGUUGGGGGAGCAGCUGGUGUGCUGGCAGGCUGGCACCACCCCGUGGCACAUCUUCCCCGUCAUCUCGCUCUACCUAAUGAGUGAGAACCGCAACCAGUCCUUCCGCAUCUCCAUUCUCCCACAGCAGUACCUGCGACCCGUGGAGGACGUGGCCUCGGCCCAGGAGGACUGCUAUAAGUUUGCCGUGUCCCAGUCCAGCACGGGCACCGUCAUGGGCGCCGUCAUCAUGGAGGGCUUCUAUGUGGUGUUCGACCGCCAGAGGAAACGCAUUGGAUUUGCCGUCAGCACCUGCCAUGUGCACGAUGAGUUCCGCACAGCCUCCGUUGAGGGGCCGUACCAUGGCGUGGACCUGGAGGACUGCGGCUACAACAUCCCGCAGACGGACGAGUCCACCCUSAUGACCAUUGCCUACAUCAUGGCGGGCAUCUGUGCCCUCUUCAUGCUGCCAUUGUGCCUUAUGGUGUGCCAGUGGCGCUUUUCCCGCUGCCUUCGCCCACCUGGAUUUGGGGACUUUGCUGAUGAUAUCUCACUCCUCAAAUGAUAGAGAGACAUAGACAUACUGUACACAGGAGAGGCAAGCCUACCAGAAAUGGAGAUGGCAGCUUUGCUUAUUGUUGUUGAGUGCGCAUCAGCCUCAUUGAGUAAUGCAGAAACAGAUUAAUAUGUAGGAUGGUGUUGGUUGUGGCUUGGGCAGGUAGCACAAUGACCAAACAAGCCAAUGGCCAUUUACUUUGGAUUCAUCAAAGGUGGAUAUACCAGCAAYCUGGGGUAAAUGGCUUCCUGGAUUCAGUGGACAACUUUAUUGAUAUAAGGGCAUGAUAUAAAUAUACAGUACGUAUAGGUGUGUGUGAGUGUUUGUGAUUGUAUGAGGUGUGUGUAUAUGUAUGUAUGUGUGUUUAUGGAUCACAUGUACAAAUUAGAUUAUCUAGAAUUUAAGGAUGGACCUGAUCAUUGAAUAUAUUGGAUUUGUUUGAUUUGACAUCAACAGUACCAGCUAAGGAACGCUAAUCAUAAGUGCUAAUUGGGUGAACUUUUCAAGAGUGAAAUUAGCACUCAAAUAUCAGAUGCAAUGAACUUUUAUGGUGAAGCCAUGUUACUUGGUGUGCAUUAAAAAGCUAAGAUUAUGUAUUUAAUACAGUUAAUAUCAGAUAUGGCACUUUUAUAUGGCUCUUGUUGAUUCAGUUGGUGCAUUACCUCACUGCUAGUGAAUGCACUAAUUCACACAAAAAAGAAAAGCACGGACACACACACARGCAAUGAUUCUCCCACACAUACAGAUGUCUUCAAAACCUCCAAACAGCUUGAACAUCUCAGUCAACCCCUCAACAGCUUUAUACAAAAACUCACCGACACAGACAGUAACACACAUAUUCAUUUACAUUUAAGUCACAUUUACAUUUAAGUCAUUUAGCAGACGCUCUUA